UUAUUUAGUAUAAGAGAAUCUGUCGAACAGUGAACAUCGUUUAGGUCGAACAAAGAAUAAAAUAGUUUCAGUUCCAUCAUUUGUGUUCGUUAUUCAUUGAGAUUUUUUUGAACUUUGUCGUCAAUGAGCAAUUCGUAUCGUAUGAAUUAACUCUGACUAACAGUACGCAAUUACAGCAAAAUAAUAACACUCCGUUGAAAAAACAGUGACUAAGUGAAAGUGAAUAUAGAUAAAAAUGACGAUGGCAUCACAUCAUUAUGGAUUUGCGCUGCCGGCAGGAUUACAAAUGCCGUCACAUCACAACGACUAUUCAACACAGUCACCACAAAAUUCUAGUGAUAAUUUGAAUUUAAUUAAACGCGAACAUUCAUUCACAUCCGUAUCGAGUAUGUCCUCCCAAUCAUCACCCGGCUCUCAAAUGUCGCCGUCAGAUGGUCACAUUAAACGUCCAAUGAACGCAUUUAUGGUCUGGUCCCGAAUCCAACGGCGCACAAUUGCUAAAGACAAUCCAAAAAUGCACAAUUCCGAAAUAUCGAAGCGGCUUGGGGGUGAAUGGAAAAUGUUAACCGAACAACAGAAGCGACCUUACAUCGACGAAGCGAAACGAUUGCGGGCACAACACAUGAAAGAACAUCCCGAUUACAAAUAUCGUCCACGAAGGAAACCAAAAAAUCCGCUAAGUGCAGGUGGCAAUGGUAUGCAAAUGGGUCAUGGCAAAGGACCCUUGGGCUCACCGUAUUCAUUCCCCCAAUUGCCGCCAUACUUUGCACCGUCACAUCCACUAGAUCAGUAUUCAAUGCCAUUCUAUGGAGCCGGUUUCGAUCCCAUGGCUCUGCAGAAAUUCCACCAAAGUCAAGUGGGUCAACCAUCUGCAUUGGAAGCGCAAAAGGCAUCACAAUUGCCGCCAACAUCGUUAAGUUCAUUCUAUCCGGGAUUUUACAGUAGCAUGACAGCACCAUCACUAUACGCAGCACAUGCAGCUAGUGGCAUUUACACAUCAUCAGCAUCGUCAACGUCACCCGGUUCGAGUCCAGGUACCACAACGUCACCGAUGGAUUCGAUUGACAAUACCAUCAGACGACCAGUGCCAGUUAUAUUUUGAAGUUCAUGAGAUUCGAAUAAUUAGAAAUUUUAUUGAAAAAUUGUGAAUAGAAAAUUGGUUCGGAGGCAAUGUUCUGAUCGAUUCAUAGAAUAGUAACACUUUGCACCUUCAGAGGAAUGUAGUUUUUUUGUUCUCAGUUUGUUUCUCUUUAUUUUUUUGUUGUUUAAAUAUUUGUGUAACGGAACUGUGUUUCAAUUUCAAUGCAUUGAGGUCAUAAUGUAAAGUCUGAGAACCCAGCCAUACAUCAUUCAAAGAACAGAAAGAAAAGAACCCCCCAAAAAAAAUGAUGAAACGGAAAGAAGAAUCUAUUUCUCUGAAGACAAUAGGUCGCAAAGACUCUCGCUGUGGGGAAUGAUACAAAAACCGGAUGUUACAAAAGAAUUCCUAAAAGUAAAAAAACGAAGAAAUGAUUGGUAUCGUGCGGUUCGAAAGACUUCCUUGUAAUUUUAAGUUUUAAUUGCUAAUUUGUAAAAUAUUUUUUAUUAUUUCUGCUGACAUAGACUGAAUAAUUUUUGUUAUUUUUGUUGUUUUAUUUGAAUCGUUCGAUACGAUUUUAUGUGAGUGAAUUGAUUCCUUUUUUUUUCGUUUAAUUUAUCGCAAUUUGGUGCACAAAAAUAUUGAAUGGAUUCGGAUCACAGGUAAAAUUUAGUGAUAUUCAAUCCAUUCCAGUUCAAUGCCCAAAUCAAACGAAAAUUGAAAAUUAAGUUAUUUAUCACUGAAAUAUAUUUGUACAUAGUUAAAAGCUGAUGAAAUAUAAUUGUUACACUUAAGACAUUCCGUUCGAUAAAACGUAUAUUAAUAGUUGUAUUCUGUAUAAAUUGAGACCACAUUUCUUUUAAUUUAUUUCCAUUCUUUUUUCAGUUCAUUUUCAUAUUAUUUACGUUUUUAAGUCGAUUGAGUCGAUUUCAAAUUGUACAAAGCUAAGUUAAAAAAAGAGUAAACUUGAGCAGAUAAUUUGUGAAAAUUUCGUUUGAUGUUUCUUUUAAAAAUAAGAAGAAAAAAAUGGUGUAGCCGUUGAUAUAUAUCGGUAAAAUGAAAAAUUGUGAAUACGUUUGCAUAUAUAAAUUAAAAAAAAAAAUCAAGUAAAAGAAAUAAAAUAAUUAAUUGUAAUUUUUAAGGGAAAUUUUUAAAAAGUAUAUUUGUAUCAAUUUAAUGAACAAAAUCUAUAGCUUUACUGUAACACUUGUUUUUCGUAAUUAAAAGGAGACAAGCAAAAUACAAAUAAAUUGGUUAAAAUUUAUGAAAAA